ACGUGUCGCAAUCAGACUAUAUAUAGCAGACUAUAUAUAAAUACCCGUUUCAUAUUAACCAGUGAGGUACGGUCAGUCCCCAGUUUGAUGAGACAGCAUUGGCACAAAGUUUUAUGAAUCGGUCGACUCGCCUGGUCACCCGACUCUACUCGCCCGAGUCACCCCGCUUCUUCCUCUCCCUGCGUCGUUCUCCGAACACCCUCUCUCAAUUCUCGACCCUACGGAAAGCCAGAUUUACAGCCUCUGCCACCGCCAACGGUCCACGUCAGCCCCACCCGAAACGGCCCGCUAUGGACCCGCAAUCCCUCGUGCCCGACCCGCCGGCCGCCGAGAAUUUCGUCCACGUCGAGAACCCUACGAUUGAAGACCUGUCGGAUAGCAUCGUCGGUGUCGAUGUGCCGAGGGACGAGUACGACGACGACGUCGUUUCGACGAGCGCUGCGGCCGAGAGUUCAGACCAGAGGAAGGUCCUUCCGGAGGAGCUGUCGAGGAGCGUGGUGGUGCUCACGUGCGAGUCUACGGCUGAGGGUGGCGUUUGCGACGUGCACUUGGUUGGAACGGCUCACGUUUCGGUGGAGUCAUGCAGAGAAGUUGAAGCAGUGAUUAGCUAUUUGAAACCAGAGGUUGUCUUCUUGGAGUUAUGCUCCAGUCGGGUGGCUGCACUUACUCCUCAGAAUUUGAAGGUACCGACAAUGGGCGAAAUGAUAGAAAUGUGGAAGAAAAAACAUAAUGCCUUUGGAAUUGUUUACAGCUGGUUCCUUGCCAAGGUUUCAAGUAAGCUUGAGGUUUUUCCUGGUGCUGAGUUUCGUGUAGCAUAUGAAGAAGCAAUGAAGUAUGGUGGUAGGGUUAUACUUGGUGACCGCCCAGUGCAGAUUACAUUGCGAAGGACGUGGGCAAAAAUGCCACUUUGGCAUAAGAUAAAACUACUAUAUUCAUUCCUUUUUCAAGCAGUCUUUCUACCAAGUCCUGAUGAUCUGAAUAAAAUGCUAAAGGAAAUGGAUGAUGUUGACAUGCUGACUCUUGUGAUUCAAGAGAUGAGCAAGGAGUACCCAACUCUAAUGGAAACACUCGUACAUGAGCGAGACCAGUACAUGUCAUCUACACUCCUUAGAAUUGCCACCGAGCAUAGUUCAGUAGUUGCAGUGGUGGGAAAGGGGCACCUCCAAGGAAUCAAGAAGCACUGGAAGCAGCCUGUUGUGGUCAAGGAUCUUAUGGAAAUUCCUUCACAGCAGUCGCUAUUUUCCACCGCAAAAGUCCUUAAAUCUUUCGGUGUAGCAGUUGCAGGGGUGGCCAUAAUAUCGGGCAUCUAUCUUGCAUCCAAGAAGUAAAGCUCAGAAAUGAAUGAAUGUUUAGGAUCUAAAUGAGACAUUGGAGGGCCCCCAAUGUACAAUAUGUGACUCUUUAUUGUUCAGCAAGAACCGAGCACAUCCGGAUUACCCAGGGAAAACGUACUAGACGUUGGAGCUUUUGCCCUCCCUCUUUCGGAAUAUAAGAAUCCAUUUUACUGCCAAACAAUUAAGAAAGUAUGCGUUGAUUUGCCAUCCCAGAAUUUGAGAAUACAUGUAUUAAUCAGAAUAACAUUGCCUUGUCUUUUUCUUUUUCUUUUGUAUACUCGGUUUGUGUUGAUUUACCUCUACUUUUUAAGUCGUUUAUGCC